AUGAGAAUCUCAUCUCUUUUCGUCCUUCUCUGGGUCUCCAGUGCCCUUGCCGCUCCUCAAUGGCCUUGGUUACCAACAACCACUGCUAAAAAAACCACCACAACCACAACCACAACUACCAAGUCAACCACCAAGUCAACCACUACCACCACCAAGGUCGUGACAACCACUCCAUCAACCACUGCUAAGAUAACUACCACUACCACCACCACCACCACCACCACCACUACUACUACUAGUAAGGUUGCGACUACAACCCCGGCGACCACCACCAAGAGCACCACAACCACGACAUCUGCCAAACCAUCGUACACCAUCCCUCCAGGUGUUGAUCUGUCCCAGAUCUAUGUGAAUGCUAUCACUUACGGUGGUACUGGGUGUCCUCAAGGAUCGGUUGGCAUCUACAUCUCCUCUGACCGCAAGACGUUCACCUUGAUUUUUGAUAAAUACGUCGCGGCUAUUGGCACUGGAGUUUCGAUUACGGAAAGCCGCAAGAACUGUCAACUCAACAUCGAUAUUCAUUACCCACAAGGGUUCCAGUACUCUAUCUUCAGCGUUGACUAUAGAGGAUAUGCCUAUCUCGAAAAUGGAGUUACAGCCACCCAAAGUGCUACUUACUAUUUCUCUGGGUACUCCGAGCAGGUCAGCAAAGCAUCCAAUUUGGUUGGCCCCAAGGACGAGGAUUACUUAAUCCAUGACGAAAUUGAGAGCACCUCUGUUGUUUGGUCUCCAUGUGGUGAGGCCGGCGCUCUGAAUAUUAACUCCCAAAUCAACCUCAAGUCUUCUAUCAGCGGAGCUAGCGGGCUUAUGACCACAGAUUCCGAGGAUGGUAAAUUCACGUACGUUCUUGGCAUGCAAUGGGCUCAGUGCCCGUAA